AUGGCUGUUUUGUACUCAACAGGAUUGGUUCUGUGGAUUUUGUGUCAGAUUGGAUCUCGUCCCUGUUUCGCUCAAUGUAAGGAACCGAAUGCGUUUCUUUGCGACAUCGGAGUAGUCAACAUGACUUCUGACGGAGGAGCCAAGAUACGUAACGCCAUUGACAGCCAAGAUUUUAUGUAUGCAGUAGGCAUCGAGAAGCUGAUCGUCAGCAGCAGUGCUUCUGGUCCUUUUCUGCAGAGAAUUGCGCGCUUUACGGAAACGAUUACUUAUUACUUCUAUCGUGAUCCUGUGUUCCAAGUUCCAGCAGGCAACACAAUUGCCGAAAUCGACAUUAUCAAUGCAGCUAACUUGCGGGCAGUGGUGGCAGGUACGAAUCGCCACUUAAAGAGACUGCAGCUGGAGAACUGCCAACUAGAUCGUAUGCCUCCGACACUCUCGCAGAUGAUCGAGCUGGAGGAAUUGAUUGUCGUACGUUGCGCAAUGACAGCAUUGCGACUAGACGUGUUGGUGACCAAUCCAAAACUCAAUAUUUUAAAACUUUCAAGUAAUCAAAUAAGGCAACUCUUUCCGAUUACCUCGUUACCAAAACAAAGGUUGUCACUAGCAACGAUUGAUUUGUCCAACAAUCAAUUGGAACGUCUGGAUUUGUCCAUCUUUGACCAUAUACCGGACCUGGAGCGGUUGUACGUACAAGCGAACCGCAUCGUUCGCAUCGAGGCGACAGCACCGGUAACUUACGCUUCACUCUUGCGACUGGAUGUCAAAUCGAACAAAAUAUCUUCCUUAGAUACACGCAAUCUCACGCUGCCUUCAUUGACUUCGUUCUAUGUGGACGACAAUGCGCUCACAGAAAUACCAACUCGUUGGGGAUCGCUGCCCAGUUUGCUCUAUCUCGGGUUGGAUCGAAACAAUCUGAAACAAAUCGACAUGAGUGUAUUUCGGCAGCUUCCGAACUUGACCCAAAUUUACAUCAGCGAAAACAACAUCCAGACUAUACGCACCUCGUCCCCUAUUACUCUACCAAAGCUUGAUAUGUUAUCGCUCGAAAAUAAUCGCAUCGCGUCGGUAAACUUUACAGGAUGCAAUUUUCCUGAGUUAACUAUUAUUGUGCUGACGAAUAAUCUGCUGACGACAGUUCCGCCUCUCUUUCAACGAUUUCCCAAAACACGGAUGUCCGUCGAGUGGAAUCCAAUCAAAUGUUCCAAUAUUUUGUCGUUCAAGACCAAGAUUGAAGAGAAUCGGCUUUUUGUGAUCACCGCUACGACACAGUCAGAAUGUAACACGCAAUCCUCAAUUGUACUUGAUGAAGAGAUAAGAGCAUGUUGUGAAGCUUAG